AAUAGAAGGAGAUUUGAAUCAGUUCAUUCAAGUAUAUCAUGGACAAAUGUGGGGCUGAACCAUUCUCUGAGGAUAUGGUGUCUAUCUGAAGAACAUUUUCCUUUAAAAGGAAAGAUGCUAUCUCCGAAUGAUAAAAAAUUAGAAAGACUGGAUCUGUUUUAUCAACCUUCACUGUCCAAGCAGAAGACCAGUGCGGAAAUCAUAAGUGAAGCACGAAAUGCAUUAAGAACAGUUAGAACCCAAAGACCAUUUACACCACGGGAAGACCAAAGAAAUCUGUUUGGACCCACAUCUUCAAGAACACCAGAAAAUAGACCUCCUUCCUCCUUCAGCCUGCAUGCGUCCAGUUUUGAGUCAUCCGAUUCCAGGCCUAUCUCUGGCACACGUCUCAGUCCACUAGAUCUGAAACCAAAAGCUCUGGCAUCUCCCAGCACAGAAGAGGAUCACUGCGUUUCCUUUCCUAAGCCCCCAGUGGACCCCGCGAAGAUCAGAAGAAUCAGCAGUGCCCGGGCGCGCUUAUUCAGGGCCGCCUCCCAAGGGGCUCUUCUGCCAGACAGAUCCCUUCCUCCCGCUGAGUCAAAGAAGACAGUGGAAUCCAAAGAAACAGUUGUGAUGGGGAACCCUAUGGUGAAGAUAAAUGGGAUUUAUUUAACAAAAUCAAAUGCCAUUGGCCACUUUAAGAGUCACCCACUGCAGCUGACUUACAAUGGAGGCUUCAGCGAAAUCAAGGAGCAAGAAAUAUUCAAAGGAGCAAUGUCCUCAUCGUCACAUCUCACAAGUGGAGGGGACCAGGGGAAGAGGCGUGUGAGGGCCUCACCAUGCCCUAGCAGCUCGGACCUGAGCAGGCCACAAACCAAACCAGUCUCAAAAGCCAACUUGCAAGAAAAGGAUACCGAAAUAGAAGUAGAUGAAGUCUUUUGGAAUACAAGGAUUGUACCGCUUUUGCAUGAAUUAGAAAAGGAAGAAAACAUUGAAACGAUUUAUGCUGCUUGCACACAACUUCAUCAUGCUUUAGAACAAGGAAACAUGCUUGGAAACAAAUUUAAGAGAAGAAGUAUUCUCCUGAAGACCCUAUAUAAACUAGUUGAUGUUGGCUCAGACUUGCUCAGCCUUAAACUCGCAAAAAUUAUUCUAGCACUUAAAGUAAGUAGAAAGAAUCUCCUUAAUAUCUGCAAACUUAUAUUUAAAAUUAGCAGGAGUGAGAAGUAUGAUUCUGUGAUUCGAAACGACAGCAUUCUGGACUCAUUAUUGGACGUACUGAGAAGUGAAGACUUGCAAACUAACAUUGAAGCUUUUUUAUACUGUAUGGGUACUAUAAAAUUUAUUUCUGGAAAUCCAGGAUUUCUCAGUGAAAUGAUCAGCAAAGGUGCUUUGGAAAUACUGAUGAAUUUGAUAAAGCAGAUAAAUGAAAACACCAAGAAAUGUGGUACAUGUUUGCCUAAUUCGGGCCACUUGUUAGUCCAGAUGACUGCUAUAUUGAGAAACUUGGUUGAUUCGCCACUAGCAAGAAGUAAGUUCCUGAACAUCGAUGCCCUUCCCCAGCUCUGCACAGUGAUGGAACAGUAUGUGGGUGACAAGGACGUCUGUACGAAUAUUGCCAGAAUAUUCAGCAAACUUACUUCUUACCAUGAUUGCUGUGCAGCCUUGGCCAACUAUUCCAGAUGUUAUGCCUUGUUUUUGAACCUGAUAAAUAAAUACCAGACGAAGCAGUACUACCAAGUGAAGAAUUCCAUAAUUCAAGACAAAAGGCUAUAUAUUGCUGAAUUGCUCUUAAAGCUUCUUGUGAGUAACAACAUGGAUGGAAUCCUAGAGGCUGUACGAGUUUUUGGAAAUCUCUCCCAGGACCAUGACAUCUGCGAUUUCAUUGUGCAGAACAAUGUACACAAGUUCAUGAUUGCACUGCUGGAUGCUAAGCAUCAGGAUAUUUGCUUUUCUGCCUGUGGCGUUCUCCUAAAUCUCACAGUGGAUAAAGAGAAGCGUGUCAUCUUAAAAGAAGGAGGAGGCAUUAAAAAGUUAGUGGAUUGUUUAAGAGAUUUUGGUCCUACUGAUUGGCAGCUGGCCUGCUUGGUUUGUAAAACUUUAUGGAAUUUCAGUGAAAAUAUAACUAAUGCUUCGUCAUGUUUUGGAGAUGAAGACACCAACACACUCUUAGUCCUGUUGUCAUCAUUUUUAGAUGAGGAACUAGCACUGGAUGGCAGUUUUGACCAAGACCUAAAAAACUAUCACAAACUCCAUUGGGAAACAGAAUUCAAACCUGUGGCACAGCAGCUACUAAACCGAAUACAGAGACAUCACACCUUUCUGGAACCCCUGACUGUUCCUUCUUUCUAACAUGAUGCAGAUCACCAACAGAAACAGGAAAUCAGGUCUUCCUUAUUCUCUAGACAAACGUGAACAUUUUUUUCAUUAGUAACAAAUAUUGAAAGUUUUUCAAGUACUGAUUUUAGUGAGUAGGC